AUGCCUGCCUACCACUCCGUCUUCCUGGACGAGCCAAACCAACAGCUAAUCGGCAACUUCGCACUCCUACCACUCCGCACAAGAACCCGAGGCCCAGCACAACAACUCCCAGCACUAGCCGGCGUCUCCGAGCUCGACGUCGAAGCAAGCAACGAAAGCUACGACCCUCUAGACGAGGUACUACAACUCUUCCGCGCAAACACUUUCUUCCGCAACUUCGAGAUCAAAGGGCCCGCCGAUCGUGUUCUGAUCUAUGGCAUCCUAUACGUCAGCGAGGCACUGAGUAAGAUCAAGCCUGGCAUGGCACGGAGAGAUGCAGAGAAGGCAGUCAUGAACACGGCGUUGGACAACAACUUUGCGAUUCCGGGCGAUGCAGCAUUUCCGCUUAACCAGAUGUUCGAGCCGCCGCGGGAUAGGAAUGAGGCAGAGGUGUUGAGGCAGUAUGUUAUGCAGAUGAGGCAGGAGUUGGCGGUGAGGCUGUUGAACAGAGUGUACACAGAUCCAAGUGGUCAGCCGAGCAAGUGGUGGCUCAGCUUCUCGAAACGCAAGUUCAUGGGCAAGGCGCUCUGA